GCGACUGUGACGCAGCCACUUCCUGCCCUCAGGUGCGCUGAAGCGAAGUUGAGCAGAAGUUUAUCGUGUGAGGGACGUUAGCUCAGGACCUUUACACAAACAUUCCUCCUGGUUUCGACGUCGCGUUACGAGGACGAUGAGCAGAUGUCAUUAAGGAGAGUAAACACGUUGGGCGUAUUCUCGAAACGCAUUUUACACCGUAAACGAAUCGCUUACUUGCUAAGCUAGCUAGGCUAACUAACGUCCGGUUUAGGGCAGCGCGCGGGUGGUAAACAGCGCGUUGAAUGAGCAGUAAACAGAAGGUGUUCAGUCGAAAUCUGAACGAACCGGUAUGUUUCUGUGGAUCCCACACCCUGUUUUGGGAGCCUGAGUUGCUGACUGUCGAAAUCUGGAGCCUGUUUGGCGUUAGCUAGCGUUGGUGAAGCUGCCCGAGUUGGUCAUGGAGCCGAGGCUGGAGCUCUCAGCAGCGCUUCAGACUUCCACGGAGACCCGGAGGCCGUCACUGUGAACCCAGAGUUGCGAGGCAAAAGUAAUCAACAUGAAAGCUCUCGGUGCCCGGUCCUCGUUUUACGUGGGCUUUGUGGUGGGCACUUGCACCCUGUAUGUGUUCCUACAUCAGGUGUGGUUCGCUAGAAACUUCUCUCCCCAGCAGCCUGAGGAGCUGGAGAAAAUGGCAGAGGAGAGAAAAAUGCUUGAAGAGGAAGAGAAGAACUGGAAGAAAGAGAAAUCAGCACUGUUCAACCUCAACCAUCCUCAUCACACAGAUGAGGACAGCACAGUAGCAGAUGCUCUCUACAAGCAAGUGCGUAUUCUUUGUUGGGUAAUGACUGGUCCCAACAAUCUGCAGAAAAAAGCUCGCCAUGUGAAAGCCACAUGGAGCCGUCACUGUAACAUAGUAGUAUUCAUGAGCUCUGUUGAUGAUCCUGACUUUCCUGCAGUGGGCCUUAACACGAAGGAGGGCAGAGACCAGCUCUAUUGGAAAACCAUCCGUGCUUUCCAUUAUGCACUGGAAAAGCACGGUGAUGACGCAGACUGGUUCCUCAAAGCUGAUGACGACACUUACGUGAUAGUGGACAACCUGCGGUGGGUCCUGUCUAAUCACUCCCCAGAUGAGCCCAUUUAUUUCGGCAGACGGUUUAAACCUUACACAAAGCAGGGCUACAUGAGCGGUGGAGCUGGUUACGUGCUGAGCAAAGAGGCUCUGAAGAGGUUUGUUGAAGGGUUUCGCACCAAAGUCUGCACACACACAUCUUCAGUGGAGGACCUUGCUCUAGGGCAGUGUAUGGAGAAGAUGGGAGUGCAAGCAGGUGAUUCUAGAGACACUCUGCACAGAGAAACCUUCCAUCCAUUUGUACCAGAGCAACACCUUACUGGCAAAUUCCCCAAGAGUUUCUGGUAUUGGAACUACUGCUAUUACCCCAUUGUAGAGGGCCCUCAGUGUUGUUCAGACCUGGCAGUGUCUUUCCACUAUGUGGAUCCACAUCUGAUGUACCUGUUGGAGUACUACACUUAUCACCUACGUGCCUUUGGCUACCGUUAUCGCUAUCAGCCCCCAGAGCCUACAGGCCUUCAGGACUUCAAGUCUUCAGACAAAGGAGUGGAGCAUCCACACGUGGACCAGAAAAUGGAAGCAGGAAUUCAGGAAGUAGAAAAGAAAGCCCAUCCACUUGAAAACAAGCUGUAGCAGCCUGUUUUUUUGGAAUAUUCUGUAAUUACUUUUGACCUUUGGAGUCAUGGAAUUUUGAAAGUAAUGGGUGUCUUUUUGAAAUGGAUUAGCAUUCCUUGUUUUCCCCCUUUUCCCCCUACCAAAUGCACUUGUAUCAUGUGUUAAAAAUCUGCUCCUGAAUCACAUAGCAGAGGUGCGUGUGUGCAUGCAUGCAAGCUUUUGUGAGAGAUUCUACGUAAUACGGUAACCAAGGGUCUUUUGCAUUGGGUCAUGUUUGUAUAUGGCUGUGUAAAUACAAGCACAGACUACUGUUGAAUGAAGGCGGCUUACAGAUUUAUAGUGCCUCCCUGUGUGUGUGUGGGGGGGGGGGGUGUGCAUAGGCUUGUCUUUGAUGCCUUAGUGACGUAUCUACGUGUGUCACUUGUGAACAGACUUACAUAUGCCUAGACCAAAUGAACAGCACCUGACUCCAUUUAUUCCUUUGGCUUCAGUUUGGAGGUAGUUUGAACCCAGCUUGUUAAUCUUCUGACGGACUGCAGUACAUUAAAAUCUGUAGUACUUUGAGCUACACUAACUAAAUUUGACAAGUUCUUUGGCCUGUAACCAACCAUUGUCAUUCGGCAAUUGAUCAUUAACCGGCAAGCCUAGAAUGAGUGAUGCGCUCCAUCAAAAUAUCAGUCAAGAUUAUUUGAGUAAAUUUGAAUAUAAAUAAAUAAAACCAGUGUAGAAUAGUUGAUACUAUAUGAGCACAGACACCAGUUGUCAAGUCUGUAUUAAUGCACCAAGAUUUUAAAAAGUGUGCUGUGGGCUGUGGAACAGUGUACUGAUGAGUGGGGCCAUGGCUUCAGCAUGUAUAAUGUAGUAAACAGUCCAGAUCAACCCUUAUCACUCACUACUAGUUCAUGUUAAAAAGAGUAAAUGACAAGGUCUAGAUUUGGCUCAGUGUAUCUCAGCUUUUGAAACCUGUUGCUCUCAGAGGUCAUGAACGAAAUAUUUGUCUACUGUUCAUAUGAUACAUUAGUGUAGUUAUCCUCUCAAAGUGCCCCCAAACACCACUGGUCUUAGUUGCAUGGCUCAUUUUUUUAGUACUAUCUAGUGAACCAGUUGCAUUGUAUCAUCAUUCGUGAAAAUUCAGAAACAUUCCUCAGGUUGAAUGUUAAACCCGACUAUUUAAAUAGGAAUUGUUUAUUGGAAAUGCAUUACUGAAAUCAACUAUUUUUAAACGAUAACAUUGGUCAAAUGUUUAUUUUUUUAAGUGGUUAUUUGCUUUUUAAAGUCACUUUUCGUUCCACACUACAGACAUUUAAACUGCUUGUUAAGAGUGCCUCACUGUCACCAAUCAUGGAAAAUGCCCACUUUUAAUGUGAAUACCAACAAAGGAAUUUUCAGAUUAGCUCAAAUACCAGUUUUUCAGAGCGGAACAUCCCUAGUUAUGGUUUCUGUUCGUGUUCUUUUCAAAUUUGUGUCUGGUCAGUCGUAAGGAAGCCCAAGCCUACUGCGAAGCCUGCUCCUCUCCUCUUUUGUGCUUGGGCAGGGAGUGGAUUAGAGAACAAGAGUAGUAUGUAGUAACUGUCCCAACUGGUCUCACCAGUCACUUUACUCACCAUUGUAGAUUCUAAAGCAUGUUAAGGCAUAAACCUUAUAAUUUUAAGAAAAACAAUAUUGAGCACAUCUAAUCCGUGUUAAGCCUUUUGGGGAAAUAAUUUAUUUGCUGCUCUUACAUGGUUCACCACCCAGUGUAAAGUAUUGAUGUCGUAACCUCUUUUCUGUUUCUUUGUUUCUACACCUCGGCCACGUGGCUAAAUGAAAGCUUACAGGAAGAAGUCCAUGAGGGAAGAUUUGUCUUGUUUCAUGUUUUCUAAAGGAUUAUUUUUCACUGCUCUGAAGUUGUGAUGAUGAUAAUGAGAGAUAAUGGUGAAAAUUGAGAGUUGUGGCCUUUUGAAGUAGAGGCUACUCUGUUUUACAUACUGUGAGUACUGCAGCUUGUGCCUUUUAGAACUCAACCCAUUGCCCACACUUGCACCUUAUCAUUAUUGUUAGUAGUUAAGUGAGCAACAUUAGUUUGCUGAUUGAUGCUCUACACAGAGAAAUGUCAACAUGGAAGUUUAAAAUAAACACAUCUUUUUUUCUUGUUAACUGACAAGCACCUUGCCAAGAGACUAGCUGAAUAUGAUUCCUGGAUAAUGGUUGCCUUGUGCCUGACCUCUUGGCUUGCUUGCCUGAUAGUCAACCUAUAUGCAUAUGUGCUCAUCCAUGCCAUUUCUGUUGACCCUUACAUCCACCACUGUGCAUCCACCUUCAGCUCUUUCUGAGUGUCUGUUUACUUUCUCUCCCUUUUCCUUUAUGAAACCAACAGAAAGGGCUGUAAGAUCUUGCUCCGUAAUUGAAGUGUUUACAGUUACUGGUCAAGUCAGAGGCAGCAGUGAUGGAGAGUGAUUUGAUAAAUGGAAGAAUGUUUAGUCUGUCUGCACUAUAUAACUUUUAUUUUUCAUUCAGGUAGGGCCAUUCAGAUACUAAGGCAAAGUGCUAUAACAGAAAUUUAGAAACCACUGAAGUUCUGUGGCCACCCCAGGAGGUUCUGAAGGAAUGAAGGGGAAAUAAAAGAACAAGAUUAGGGCUCAUGCUUAGCUCUGUGAAGGUUAAGCAAAGUAAACUUUAAACUUGAAGUGAUUGUUUAUAAAUGUAAACCAAAUCAGCAUAUGUUGUUGUUGUAGCUUAUGAUUGUGUCGUUUCUGGAAGUGGCUUUUUUCCUACUUUUCUUUCUUUUCAUGCAUAAGAAUUGAAGAUGUUUAUGGCCCAUUUAACAUUUAUAUAUGAUUUGUGCAUGAAAUGAUCAGCAGCAGAAUAUUGUUUGGUGUGGUAGUGAUCGGUUUCAAGUUGCAUAAAACUGUUUUGUAUUUUGUUUAAACGUUUUUUAAAAAACUGUCAGAACCCAUGUGAAUGGCCAUGCAUACCUGAAUGCUUCCAGCCCUGCAUGAGUCGGUCAAGCUGUGCUGCAGGUGACAGUUUAUUUCAUGCACAAAUAAAUAUUCACCCAUUUGUAGGGUAAAAUCAAAGGGGUGAAUCUAAAUGGCCUUUUUUCAGUAAUGUUUAAUGUUACAGGUGCAGCAGAGUGUUCUGAUUGAUGAUGAAGGCCUUUUAUGAGUUGCAGGAAUCUGGGGAGUGUGUGUGUGUGUUUGUGUUUUCAGCAAUCCUUGGCCCUCAUCGACACACUCUGUAUGUGCUUCUCUCUGAGGGAGUUAGGGUGACGUGUGCAGAUUCCUGUUACUCUGAUCACUGAGAAGAAAUGAGACUUAAGAGGACAUUGAGACCCACAGUGCUUCUAAUGCCACGCCUGCUUUUUUCACUCUGAAUUAUCAUAUGAGUUUCUUGCUCUCUAAUCCAAAGGUACAGAGGUCCCUUCCUCUGUGAUUUGUGUGUGUAAAAGGGAAUUAUGUACGGUAACUUCAGAGCAGUCUUUAUUUAUAGAAUAAAGAUUGACUGGUGUGAACAGUUCAUGGGAGAAAAUGAACAAUGAAUUCAGUGAAGUACAAUGACCAGCAUAUUGAAUAAAGACUUAUUUUACAGUAA